CCAGCCGCUCUAUGUGGAGGCUCAGCCCACAUAAAUGCACUAUUUGACUUUCUCCCCUCAGACGGCGCACAUAAACAAACCCGCGUUACAACUCCACACUUUGCAAAUCACCCAUCAGCACUGACACACUCACGGGAACGGACUCAGACACGCUCCUUUAUACACGGGAGUUUUUUAUUUUUUAAUGUUCUGUUUCAUUUUUUUUUUACUUUUUGUUGCCUACUUUAGAAAAAGUAAGAAGAAGAAGCUCUUUUGUCGCCGAUGAACCCGGUUCCCCUGCAAUAUUACUGAGAGGUUUUUAUAGACUAUAUAGGCUUAUUCUCUCCAUUAAUUCGACUCUUGGUCAUUAUUCUGGACGGAAAUGGGAUAUUUCAUGCGAGGUUAUUACCUCAUGUAAAGACGGAACCGCUACAGCAAACCAACACAGGUUCGGAAGAGCGCGCCCAGCCGAGCUCGGAGCCCCGGCAAUCGGACACUUCCUUUACGACGCCCGCCGAGUCCUCCUCGCUCCAGGAGCCCUGUCCCGGUCGCAGCCACGCCACCCCUCAAUCCCGGACACUCAGCACCAUUCAGCGCGAAGCUCUUUCACCAGAUCUAUGGCAUUCUGACAAUGAACAAACGCACUCAGUUAUUGGAACAGCUGCAGUUUGUCCAGUUGAAAUGCACACCUCGAGACAUGCCCUGUGUGCAGGCUCAGUACGGGCCCGCCCCUCCAGGCUCAGCCUACUCUGGCCAGUCCUUUGGUUACCAGGGCGACAGCUAUAGCUCUGACCUCAUGACCCCUGACUACACCAAGCUGGACCUGGGUGGUGGUGAAAUCUCUGCCGCCGCCACCACCUCCCUCCCCAGCUUCAACGUCUUUGUGGAGGGGAGCUACGAGCCCAAGUCCUCCUGCCUCUACCAGAUGCCUACACACAGGCAUAUCAAAAAGGAGGAGGAGAGCUACCCAACUGCUCCGCCACUGGAGGCCAUGGCCUCUUCCACCAUGUACUUUAAACAGUCUCCCCCCUCCACCCCCACCACCCCAUCCCUGCCGCCCCAGCCUGGCACCUCCUUCCUGUGGGGGGGCGCGCACCCCCUGGCCCCUCCAUCACACCCCCACUCUUUGGGCUCCAGCCUGGAGACGGGCCCCCUUAAGUCGCCCCGGUUUUCGCACUUCUACCAGCACUCGCCGCCCCACAGUGGCGGCAGCAUCAGCGGUUACGAAAGUCUGGGUGGAGGACUGGUUCGCACCUCCUCCUCUUCCUCCUCCUCCUCAUCCUCGGUCUCCCAUCCUCACUGUCCACCCCUGGAGCAGCCCAUGUACCAGCUGCACCGUGGGGCCGGAGGCAGCAGCCUCGCCUUCCGCUCCCUGGCUCUUGGGCCCUGCGGCCCCCUACUAGGAGACAGCCUGCCAUCGCCUCCCCCACGUGGCCCCCAAGGAGAGGGCACCUGUGCGGUGUGUGGGGACAAUGCGGCCUGCCAGCACUACGGCGUACGCACUUGUGAGGGCUGCAAGGGCUUCUUUAAGCGCACCGUGCAGAAAAACGCCAAGUAUGUGUGCCUGGCCAGUAAGAACUGUCCUGUGGACAAGAGGAGACGCAACCGCUGCCAGUACUGCCGCUUUCAGAAGUGUCUGAGUGUCGGCAUGGUGAAGGAAGUGGUACGUACUGAUAGCUUGAAGGGGCGCCGAGGCCGUCUGCCUUCCAAACCAAAGAGCCCCCUGCAGACAGAAGCGUCUCCUCCUUCUCCACCCCUCAGCUUGCUCUCCGCUCUGCUCAGGGCUUAUUCCCACUGCACGCCCCGUGACCUCGACUACAGCCAGUUCAGUGCUGCAGACCCUCCCUCCUCCUCCUCAGAUGCGGAGCACAUACAGCUCUUCUACAGGCUGCUCACCAUCUCGAUGGAGACCACGCGAUGCUGGGCUGACCGGCUGCCCGGGUUCUCCGAGCUUCCGCGUGACGAUCAGAACCUGCUCAUAGACUCUGCCUUUCUGGAGCUGUUUGUCCUGCGAUUGGCUCACAGGUCGAUGCUGUCAGAGGAUAAAUUAGUGUUCUGCAACGGCUUGGUGCUGCACAGGUUCCAGUGCCUUCGUGGGUUUGGGGAGUGGCUAGACUCCAUCCGGGACUUCUCCACCCACCUCCAGAGCCUAAACCUGGACACCUCGGCCUUCGCCUGUCUGGCUGCCCUUGUACUGCUCACAGAGCAAGUCCCAGGUCUGAAGGACUCAAAGCGGGUUGAGGAGCUGCAGAAUAAAGUGAUUUGUUGUCUCAGAGACCACCUGGGUUGCGGCCCUUCUUCCUCCUCGUCCAAGGCUGUGCCCCCUCUGAGUCGUAUUCUGGGUUUGAGGGCAGAGCUCCGUUCCCAGAGGACCCAGGGUCUUCAACGAAUCUUCUACCUGAAGCUUGAGGAUCUGGUACAGCCCCCUCCGUUGAUUGACAGGUUCCUGGACACUCUUCCCUACUGACGGCCCAGGCUCAGCACAUGUAACGUCUUGUUCAGCCCCCCCCCCAGGAGCAUGCACACACAUCCAGAGAGAGACUUGCUCCCCACUGACUGAUGCAGAGCAGAGAGCCAAUCAAAUGCUUUUCAACAGGGCAACCAAUCAAGAGCGCCUUUCACUCAAACAGACAACCAACUAAACGCUUUUCACCAGUAUAAAAGACAAUUACUCAAAUGCUUUACCAGUUUUUAUUUGAUCCUCCUGUUUUUCUCAUGUGGGGGAGGAUGACGAGGCUGAGAUGGACGACAAAAAAUUACUUUUUACUGUCCUCUCUCUGUCUGGGUGGCAGCUCAUCCAGCAAAAAAUAAGGACAGUUUAUGAGUACUGUGUUAUCUGUGUUUUGGCCUGACUCAUUCAGUCAGAGGAAUUCUUUUUAGUAAAGAGAGAAGGGGUUGUGUCACUGUGUUUGAAUGUUUUCAAAGCUAAAGAUGUCCCAGUGAAACACAAGUCACUGUGUACUCUAGUUCCUUCUGCUGAAAGAAGAAAGGGGGCCCUUUUUUAUUCUGAAAUGUAUUGAUAUGUCAGAGGUCAGACAGCGUAAGCAUAAACACGCAGAAACACAGAUAUUUCAUGAACACAUGGAAGUGGCUGUUGAGUUGGGCUCUUGAUUCCAAGUGCAAUUUCUUAAAUGCUAUCUCACCACAAAAGGAGGAGGCUGAGAUGGAACGGUUUAAUUUCAAACUCUAAACUAUUUUAAUACAAAGAUUUGUCCUGUACAGUCAGUAUAGCUGAAAGAAAGAGGGACAGUCUCCACCUGGCUUUAGAAAGCAGAGGAGAUACUGUGCACUAACGAUUGAUGACUGAGUCACCUAGACUUGAACUUGCUCUAGUAUGUUUUUUUUUUAUUAACUCAUUUUUAAAUCUUAAGUAGGAGUAUGGAGGAAUGAACAUUGACAGAAAUUGGCUUUUGAAGCACUUACACCCUGAGAAGGGCUAGAAGCACAGACACACACCCUAACUGCUCCCCUGGAGGACGCCUGGGAGUCGGGGGAGCGGAGGGUGCUCGACAGAUAGCUGUAUGUCCAGGGGUGAAACAUUCCGCAGUCAUGUUCUUUUCUAUUUGUUUCUAUUGUGGAGGCCGUGUGAGAGUGUGGAGGACAUGGUUGCAUACUGUCUUUGUGUGUACGCUUAGAGAAGCCAGGAUCAUAUGCAUGGUGUGUUAUAAGCUGUCAAAAGCUGCCAUAGCCUGUCAAAACACCUCGAUCUGUGUUUGUGUCUCAGACUGCGGCUCUAUGGGGAUCUCCCUGGGCCACCACCACCCACUCACACUCACGGCAGCAGUUUGAAAUAUGAAAAAAAGCAAAUUAUAUAGAUAUAAAUAUAUAUAUAAAUAUAUAUAUACAAAACUAAUAUUUUGAAGUGUUUUUAGCUUUUUCAAAUAUUGUGGUACGAGUUGUGCAUUGUUUUUUGAAGAAGAGAAACAAAAAAGAAAAAAAAGUUGCUGUUUUUCAAUGUCCCUCUUUGGUUUGAGUUUCCUGUUAUUUUUUUCUUUCUCUUUGGUUCACUGGAUUUUCUGUUCAGCACUUUGAAAUCAUAAACUAGUUCUGAUUAUUCUGCC